GUUAAUCUUUUCCCACUCCCAUCCUUAGUUGAAGCAGAAGCCUGAAAUUUGUCCCGUUUUCGUUUCGUACUAUAGUUUUAUCUUAGUGCACCUUCACUCGGCAAGAUAAUUCGUGUUUAAUGUAGAACGUUGCACCUCCAGGUCACAAGAAUCUUACAGGAUCAGAAAUUUCUUUAUCGCCAAUUGAAGCCAACCAUUCAACUCAUUUAUCUGUCAUCUCUUUAAACUGUAUAGACUUUGUAUUUAUCUCGUUGUGUAAGAAACAGUACGUCUUCUAAUCUUCACGGAGAAAUGUUGUUUAUUUUUUCAUAGAACUAUUUCGGGGCUGGGCUACUUUACUCGGUUUCUGCAGUCAUAAUUCCGAUCAAGGUGUGAAAUUGUAUCAUCAUCAUAAUCACUUCUUUUCUUCUGAGUUACUGGACUCAUUUUGUAUUUUGUUCCUGUUCGUCUUCACAAUAUACCUUUUUCGUAAUAAAUACGAACGUUAAUAAAUAAGUUAAGCUUUAAUUUUGUAAAUUUUAUCUGGAAAUUGAACAGUUCUUGUCGUAUUCAAUCUAAAUUUAACUCUUUAAAACGGAUCCUCGGGCAAACAAAAAAAUCUUCAAGGUUUAGAAUUACGACACUGAAUUCGACGUUUUCAUUUCAUUUAUUUUGGAAAUUUAUCAUCUUCGAAUUGGGUAACUUGCUUUACCUACCAACGCCUCUGCUCUAUUCAUUCACAAUAAUUGCAGAUUCCAUCACACAUGCCAAGCACUUGGGGAAACAGACUUGGGCUGAAUAAACGAACUCGAUGUACUUAAAUUUGUUGUGCUAUUUUGCAAUUUUUGACAACAGCAGUGGAAUACCUGAUAUUCAGUUGCUUUAUUUUGCAAUAUCAUUUGCAUUUUCUUUCCAACUAUUUCCAAGGUUGCUUGUAGACUAGUUAGUUUUUAAACUGAUAACUUCCUUGAUAAGUUAUUACUUUUUCCGUUCCUGGAGAACAAAGUUAGAAUCGCCUCACUAUGUAUCGUUACAAGACCAAAGACGAGCUAACAAGCUCAAUGGAUACUCUCAAACGACUUAUAGUUGCAAUCCAGAACAAUGACGAGUCUCAAGUCGAGUCAAUAUUGACCAAUCAGAUGCCGUAUGUGAACGAAUUGAUCGACAUAUCGGAAAAUGGAAUUUCGAGCUCAUCGGCUGGGAGAUCGCCGUUAAUGAUUGCAUCUGAGCUAGGCCAACUGAAUAUAGUCCGCAUGCUUCUGGAGUACCCGGAGAUAGAUGUGAAUGUGGAGGACUCAGACUGCUGGACGGCUCUGAUUUAUGCCCUGAAAGAGAAACACGAACAAGUGGCCAGACUUCUGAUUGAGAAUGACGCUGCAUUGCGAAAGCCCGAUCGCAACAAUUGGACGCCGCUAACAUGGGCUUGUUUCUUGGACAUCCCAAACUUAAUUCCUCUUUUGGUUGAAAAGGGAGCAAUUAUUGAACACAAAGACAGUUACGGAGUCUCGUGUCUGUCGUGGGCAGCAGGACGAGGCAACGCCGAAGUUAUCUCUUUACUUUUGGAACGAAUGAAUAUCGAAACUAUUAAUUCGCCCGAUAAGUACGGAACAACUGCGCUUUUAUGGGCAUGCAGAAAAGGUCACUUUGACUGCGCAAGUUUGCUGGUGAGUUGCGGAUCCGAUGUGAAUAUGUCUGGAAUGAACGGUUGGACGCCUCUUAUUGCAAGUGUAUGUGUAAAUAACCAGCGAUUGGUCGAUCUGAUUUUAUCGUGUCCAACACAAAUCGUUCAAAUUGAUUGUGUGGACAAAUCAGGAAUGUCGGCUUUAAUGCACGCUGCCAAAAAGGGCUCUGUUGAAAUCACAGAACUUCUAAUUGAAGCGAAAGCAUUCGUGAACAAAGUCGACCAGAAAGGCGAUUCGGCUUUAAUUCACGCAGUAAAAAACGACCAUAAAGAUGUAGUUAAUGUUUUGGUCAGUCAAGGUGCGGAUGUUGAUCUAAUUGGAAGCGAAGGCAAAGUUAGUCUUAUGAUUGCCAUCGAGAAAAACGAAACUGAAAUUGCGAGUAUUUUAAUCAAAGAAGGAGACGCGAAGGUCAAUGUCCGAAAUACAGCGGGUGAAACGUGUUUGAUACGCGCGACGAAGAAAUCGAACUUCAAAAUAGUGGAGAUGUUAUUAGAACGAGGAGCUAAUGUUUUCGAGACUGAUUUAGAAGGAAAUACAGCUGUGCACAUAGCUGUAAAGGCCAAAAUGGGUGCCAUUACUCAACUGUUGCUGAGCAACCCGAAACACGGAAGGAUUCUCUACAUGCCCAAUAAAUCGGGAGAAACACCCUAUAAUUUAGACACUUCUCAAAAUGAGUCACACGUUUUGAACCAAGUGUUCGGAGCCCGAAGAUUUCUACCAGCUGAAGAAAAUGAAACGAGUCAUCAGCUUUUGGGAUACCACUUAUACUCAGCGUCCCUGGCUGACUUUUUCAGCGAGCCAUCUCUACCCCUCCCAAUUACGCUGGGUUUAUUUGCCCGAUGGGGCUCAGGGAAAUCUCACUUUUUGCCCAGACUUGAAAACGACAUGAAGUCUUUCUGUCAACCUCUGCCUGUUUCGCAUCAAAGUGAAAAACGCUGGGUGCUUUACUUGAUUCUACUCAUUUUUGCAGCUUUUAUCGUCCUUUUUGGUUAUUUUGCACCUCACGGACUAGCAGUUAAAAUAAGCAUGAUGUGUUUUGGCAGUUUUCUGUUCUUAUUACCAGUAGUUGUUAUUGAGUUAAUUCGCUGUUGUUCUAGAAGAUUCUCAGGCGCUCAUUCUGCUAUUGACAAAAUCGACAAUUUCUUAGCUUAUGUCCAUCUUUUGUUAUGUAUCACAUUUCUUCGGCCUCCCAGCAACAGAGGCAGAAAAAUCCAAGAUGGAACCGAAGCGCUUCCGAUGAGAUUUCUGUUUUCAGACAGGUCAAGAGUCGCGGAUAUCAGCGAAGAAACUGGAGUUGCAAAACUUGUUGCUUCUCUAUGCGCAGAGGCUGAACUUGAAUACGGUUUCUUAGCAUUCAGGCUUUUGCAAGCAUCGCUUAAAAGCAAUCACGGACGUCAAUCAAAGUUUAAACUGACAUUUUGUAUUCCCACAUAUGUGCAUCUGAUACUGUUUGUACUUCUGAUUCUGACGGUGGGCUUUCUCUUGAUGUUAGGCCCGAACGAGUUCAUGAUUCCAUGCAUUGCGUUGGCCUCGGUAGCCUUGUUUAUUUUGCUAAUUCACUUACCAACUAUAGUUCGUGUGUGUCAAUCUUUUCACAGGUCGCAAUACAAGAGAUCUCUGCGUUUGGCUGAAAAAUUCAACAGCAUGCCUGAAGGAAAGUUUAUUCAGCAAUUGAAACAAAAUGUGGAAUCAUUGGCGAAUAUUGUGAUAGGAAUAGACCAGUUUGCAAUGCGAUCUACAAGAAUGGUAGUUUUUCUCGACGGGUUAGAUCGUUGCGAGCAGGAUAAAUUGAUGAAAAUCAUCGAAAUGGUCACUAUUCUAUUUUGCUACCCAGGAAUGCCGUUCAUUGUUGUAUACUGUCUCGACCCAGUUUCGAUUAUCAAGUCUAUAGAACAGAGAAUAAACACGCAAAUUAUAAACCAAAAUAUUAAGAGUUACGAGUAUAUGCGAACUAUAGUACAUCUGCCGUUUUACUUUCCAGAUAAAUCUAGAGAUAACUAUUUCUUAGAAGCGAUGAAAGGUCUAGUAAGUUCGUCUUUCAUGCAUUCGCAAGACAUGUUAGCGGUCGAAAGGUCACCUGCUAGGGCUAUUUCGUCACGUACAGUUAACAGUAACAGUCAGAGAUUGUUCAUACAGCGAGACUACAGUCAUGUUUCGGGACAUAACAAUGCUUUGUAUCAUUCAUGUGUUCUCUCAACUUGGAAUCUGAGCAAAAUGUUAACAUCAGAUCGUGAUUGUCUUCAUGAUUUGAAUCCAAAAGAAAUGCAACGUCUCAUAAAUAUAAUAUCGGUAACUGGGCGUCUUCUAAGAGCGUACAAAAUAAGUUUUGAUUGGAAAAAAUUAGCUUUUUGGGUACACUUAACUGAGAAAUGGAGCUACCAUACAUCUUGGAUAUUGUUCUAUUUACUGAAGAAUUCUUGGAAGUUUCGUCUGACUACGACCAUAAGAGAUGUGUUUGAAGAUUUAAAGUUGACGCUGCCUCCUGUGAAAAGCGACAAGAUGUUUGAAAAUGAUUCAGAGCGCCGGUUCCUGGAACUGUUUUUGACAAACCACCACCCGCAAAUAACCUUGUCCGAUGUUAGAAAUUUCUACCCACAUACCGUAAACCUGGACCCUUCUUUAAAGACUUACAUUGACGCUUUGCCUUCGGAAUCAACUACAGAUCUGAGAGCUGAGGCUUGUCAGACAGAGAAUUUGGUUACUUCUGGAGAUUCUGGAGUUCCAUCAACAUCGUCCGCUCUCGUAACGACAUCAAACGCGGUCAGAGAAUCGAAUUGGCACUCAUCUGGAGGUUAUUUGAGUACAAUUAAUUCUGUUAAUCUGAACGCAGGAGGAACAGUGGGCGAGGAACACAAUCGGGAUAUCCGGGUGACAAGAUCUCCACGAAUACCAUCAUCGACCCAACUGCAGAACUCAGGUCGGAACCGACAUUUAACCGAUUACUCUUUAGACGAUGUGUGCAAUGUUUUAAGUUCAGAAAUUGAAGGAAUCGAUUCAGCGAGGUUGUAUGACUACAGAACGGUGCUUCGAAGUCAGAAUAUCAAUGGUAAAGUUUUGGCGGUAUGUGACAUGGAAGAACUUAAAUGUUACCUUCAUAUGACCUUCGGCGAUUGGAAUUUGUUCAAGCAAUGGGUAUACACAAAACGCAUGUUGGAUUCGGAAGAAGAAUCGGAGACCACAGCCACUUCUCGGUCACUUAAUGGCGAUGAAAACCAUGUUUUAAAUUUACCUGAUGGUCUUCCGACUUCGACGACUAACGACGAUUCAUUUGAUGGACGGGAUUAUAGAACUGCAGUUUCGCCUAGUGAAGAUUUACAAAGCGAGCAAACCGGCAUUGCGAAUCAGGAAACAGAACAUGUGUCAUUUAUAACGGCGACUGGUGCAGAUGCUAGACGAGAAAUUGUGGAGAGCCGAAGUAGCAGAACUAGUAACUCGACCCACAUCGGAAGUUUCUUUGCCAACGCUGCUUCUCCGAAUUACACUGCCUAUUCUGAGAGUACAUUUUCACCCCAGGAAGCUCAGGAAUUGAGGUCUCACAAUCCGAACCAACUCAUCCUUAGACAGCCGACAUCGGAGGUCGUGACUUCGGUGGUCCAUUCCCAAAUAAGCCCGAUUCCCCUUUCAAGUCCAGUGGUAACCCCAAGUAGGUUCACAAUAACAGCUGCCAAUAUAGAAAUAGAGCCAGUCAAAGACCCACCUGUACUGAAACUCUCAAGUAAAUGGGAAAAGGAAAAGGAAGCCAGUAUUUCAGAUAUAUUCCAGCAAGACUUCUUAAAUAAACAGACCAAAACAAAUCAAGAACCGACUAGAAAAUCAAUGCUUUCUUCGAAAAACUGUCGACCUGUUUCAGAAAUUGAAAGUAGGAGACAUUCUAAUGUUUUAAUCACAAGAAGAAGUCAAAGCACUGGACGAAGAUGUUCUUUAAUACAUAGCGGGUACGAGUUUGGCAAUUUGCAGCAAAAUGGGAAAAGAUCGAAUGCAAAGUCAACAACUUACUUAAGAAUGUCACCAUCAUUAGAUGCGGAUCUAUCAUUACAUGCAUUGGAGACCAGUUUUAAAUCUAAUGAUUCUGUAAUUGAGAAAGUCAAAAGAAGUAUCAGCAUUAAUAGUAUUCUGAGCACUAAUUCUUCAAAUCCGUCAUCGUCGCCUAGAAAACGGAGAUCGAUGAGGACCAGGUUUGAAUCUGAUAAACUCCCGUUUUGUGUUCAGGAAACAGAACAAUUUCAGUCUAAAGCGGAAGCUAUGUCUUCCAAGAGGGGCGAUAAAGAACAAAACAGAAAAUCGUGCAUGCCUAAUAUCUUGUCAGGUGCAAAUCACAACACGGAUUCUUCUUAUGUUUGAAGAUGAAGUGUCUAUGUGUUACAUGUUGUCUGCCAAGUGCUAGAAAUUACUCCAUUAUAGAUUAGUGAAAUUAGAUGUUCGUUUUCUCAGAAGAAAAUAAGAGUGAAAAUCGUAUGGUAAUUGGAGUAUUAAAAUGUACGAUGACGCAGGUAUAAUUACUCAAAAUAUCUGAGAAAGCAAAAGA